AUGCAUGUGUAUGUGCCCGGUACAGUGACUGAUUUGCAAACACUGCCGUAUAAAAGCCCUGAUGGGGAGAUACAACCGGGGAAACGAGUUUUUCACCGACAGUUUUGGACGUUCGAACCGUGUGUUAGGGCCUUCCCUUAUUGCAAGCAAAUGGUGCAGGUGGAUGGGACGUGGUUGUAUGGCAAAUACACGCAAAUCCUCUUGAUUGCUGUUGCACAAGACGACAAUCGAAAUGUACUUCCGAUCGCUUUUGCCAUUGUGGAGCUUGAGUGCUUCGAGUCUUGGGAAUUUUUCCUCACAAAUCUGAGGAGGCACGUUGUUAGAGAAGACAAAUAUUUUUGCCUUAUAUCAGAUAGAUCGAAAGGAUUACUUGCUGCGAUAAGGCGAUUGGGGGUUCCGUGGAUGUCAGUUUAUUGCAUCCGGCACAUCGCGGCAAACUUUCAUAAAGAUUACAAGAAUAAAGAUUGGAAAAAAGAGCUCGUGAACAUGACCUAUGAGUUAGAACCGAGAAGAUUCAGACUGAGGUUCGCAACACUUGAAUCUCAGAUGUCAUCUUUACCAACAAAUCUCCGGACAUGGUUGGGGAGUAUGGAAAACUGGCAAUGGACUCAGAGUUACGAUGAAGGGUAUCGGUAUGGGCAGAUGACGACUAACCUCGUGGAGGCGGUGAACUCUGUAUUGAGGCGCACACGCCAUCUCCCGAUUUCUGUUGUAUUCUCGGUAACAUUCUAUAGGUUGGCGACAUUGAUGCCUAAGAUUGGGUUGAAACAAGCUAAGCAGAUCGAGGCCGGGCACGUGUAG